AUGAACUACCUCACUGAUAAGUACAAGGAAUUGUUGCGCAUAGUGAGUACAAGAAAUUCGAUUAAAAAACAAGAGAAACUAUAGAAAUCAAAAAAUAAACUCAACAAAUCACACACUCAAUAGAAUACCUCAAGCUUCCUCACUGAUGGCGGUGCUCUAGUCAUACCCACUAAGCUGACCACUAUUAUGUCAAAAUCAUUCAACACUCGUUCUCUCGAUUUCUUAUAGAGCUCCUUCGAAGAGAGACUGGAAAUGCAAGCCAAGAAAAGUUAGGAAUACCUACAAACUCUUAGUCGAUACAAAUAAUUGGAAGAAGAAAAACUUAGAUCCUUACAUGAUUAUUAUCAACAAAAAGUUCCUAUCAUGGCCAAAAAGGUAGAAGCUGUCAAACAAAUGAAUAAAAUAAAGCAAUAAGAACGAAAGAAAAUCUUUCAAGAUCGUUAGAAGAGGACUCUCGAAAAAAUACACGAAUUAGAGAUUAAAGACAGAGAAUAAAGGAUUAAAGUGCAGGAAUAUCUGAACAAGAAGCAAGAAAUCACUCAGCAAAAUAAAAAUCAAUUUGAUUCGUAGCAUAACCAAGAAUUGAAAGAUCUUCAAGAGAGAAAUCAAAGGAAGGAAGAAGAGAGAAGAGAAAAGAAGAAACUAGCUAUUUAUAUGGAAGAUUAAUAGAUUGAAUAGAUUAUGGAGAAAUAAAUAGAGAAGGAUUAUAUGACUGAGUAAAUACUGUCAAAAUUAAAGGAUGAAAUGAAUUAAAAGAGACAAUUGAGUCUUUAGAAGCAAGAAUAAGCACAGUAGAAGGUAAUUUAAACUCAGAUUGAGUAUCAAUAAAAUAAGCUUGAAUAAUAUAUUAAAUUUGCUGAUUUGAGCAAUAAGAUGGUUGAAGAGUAAAUGUAAAUCAAGAAUGCAUAAUUAGGACAAGUAAAAACUAAAUUAGCUACUUAAAUUAGCAGAGUGAAGAAAAACAAAGAAAAAUUGAAUAGUUUGUUAGAAUAGAAAAUAGAGAUCAUAAAGAAGAAGGAGAAUGAUAAAAAUGUUUCAGGUAGAUUGCAGUCAAUUUAAUCAAGCAUCGAUAUUAAAAUCAAAGAGUAAUCUGAAAAAAAUAAGAUGAGAUUGUAAAGAGCCUUAAAUAACACAAGAGCAUUUGCAGAAGAGAAAGAAAGAGAACAAUAAAAGAUAAUUGAUAAAAUGAUGGAAGAAAGUCAGAAGUAAAAGCAUCUCAAAAGUCGAAAAGAAAAAUAUAGCUAAGCCAUAUUAAAAUAGCAUUUACUUGAAAGAUAAAGUGUUGAUAGAAUAGUAUUUUAAUGA